CAGUAGCUCAUUUUCUCCCCCCGAAAGUAUUUCAUUAUAGUAUCAGUUUAAUCGUUCCCUAUGGAUUCUCUCUUUCUGGCUGCAUAAAUAUCCCAUUAUUGGUUCACAACUCCCUAUACCAUCUGUUCUGUACUGUACUGAGAACUCCCACCUUCCCUCUUCUCUGCUUACAUCCUUCACGUACUACUCUCUUUCCCGAGUUUUCAAACCCCUUAGGAAACAUAAACCUGAAUUUUGAGCAUUUGAAAAUUCAAUAUAUAGAUAUGGUGGUGGCUUCUCCACACCCUAUUCGGGACGAGAAGAGUUUGAGCAUUGAUCUUCCAAUGGUGGACCUUUCAGCUGAAAGGUCAGUGGUGUCACAGCUCAUAAUGAAAGCCUGUGAGGAGUUUGGUUUCUUCAAGGUGAUAAACCACGGCGUCCCUCCAGAAACUAUAGCUAAAAUGGAAGAAAUAGGACUUGGCUUCUUCGCGAAACCAGCAGCUCAAAAGAAGCAAGUUACACCUGCCAGUCCUUUCGGCUAUGGCUGCAAGAACAUAGGCCUCAAUGGAGACACGGGAGAGGUGGAGUACCUUCUUCUCAAUGCCAGCCCUCCUUCCAUUUCUCAAAUGUCUCUCCACAUCUCCAAUGACCCUUCCGACUUCAGGGCUACGGUGAGGGAAUACACACAGGCAGUGAAGAAGCUAGCAUGUGAAAUGUUGGAGGUGAUGGCAGAGGGACUGGGGGUCCCGGACUCGUCGGUGUUCAGCAGGCUGAUCAGGGACAUUGAUAGCGACUCGGUGCUGAGGCUCAAUCACUACCCACCUACGCUGCCCUGCAAGGACAGGGACAGGUCAUCAUCAUCCCCAUCUCCUUCCUGCAAGGUUGGCUUUGGAGAGCAUUCUGACCCUCAGAUCCUCACCGUCCUCACAUCCAACGAUGUCGGUGGCCUCCAGAUCUCACUCCAAGAUGGCGUGUGGAUCCCCGUUACCCCAGAUCCCUCUGCUUUCUGUGUCAAUGUAGGUGAUGCGUUGCAGGUAAUGACGAAUGGAAGAUUCAAGAGCGUGAGGCACAGGGCAAUGACAAACUCGCACAAGUCAAGAAUGUCGAUGGCGUAUUUUGCGGCUCCGCCCCUGGAUGCGUGGAUCGUUGCUCCGCCAGUUAUAGUUACGCCUGACACGCCCUCUCUUUACCGUCCAUUCACUUGGGCCGAGUACAAGAAAGCCGCCUACUCUCUCAGGCUUGGAGACGCUCGUAUUCACCUUUUCAGGAAGAGCAGCAUCUGAGAUACUAUGGCCCUUCGUAUUGCAGUUAUAGCGUCGUGUACAAAUGCUCGUGUCUCCCUUAUAGAUAUCUAUCUAGAUCGAGUGUUCCUUAGGUUUUUUCCUUUAGCUGCUACCCUUGUGCCUAGCAUGUGGGUCAGUCCCCCUUGCUGUUAGAAUGAGACAGACAGUAUCCAUGGCUUGUAACCUGCUGCCGGUGGACAGUUAGCUGUUUGAAGUUUAAUUCACGGAUGAAAAUCUCUAGUAA